AUGGCCAGCCCAACCUCUUUUCGUGCAGUCUACAAGACCAUAGGGUCACAAGAGAUCGAUGUGGAUAUCUAUGCCCCGCCGCUUGGAGAAACCAACAAGGCAAAAUGUCCGGUUGUCAUCAAUAUCCACGGAGGCGCAUUCCAUCUCGGCUCAUCCAAGAUGAUCAACAAGGACCAAGUAGCUGACUGUCUGAGCAGAGGCUGGAUUGUCCUAGCACCUAAUCACCGUCUGUGCCCCCAAGUCACGCUUCUGGAUGGGCCGAUGAGAGAUUGUCGUGACCUCCUGGGAUGGGUGUACGACGGUGGACUUCAGAAGGCCCUUGACGCUAGUGCUGAUGGACCAUAUGCCGUUGACACUGACCAUGUCUUUGCUUUUGGAACGUCGUCUGGCGGCACUCUAUCCCUUGCCUUGGGCUUUGGAGUUGAUCGUCCCGUUGCUGGUAUUUAUGACAUGUACGGGCCUAGCAACUUUACUCACGCGUUCUGGGAGAAGCCUUUGCCUCACGUGGCAGCAAAAUUGCCCAAGGGCCUUACAAAGGAAUUCAUGGACAAAGUCUUUGACGAAGACCCAGUGCCAAUUCUAGGUGGCGUGUCACUGGAAGGUCAAGCCCCGGGGCCGCCCAACUUUGAUGAUCCAAGACAGGCGUUUGCAAUGACACAAAUAGCCACCGGCAAUGUCAUGAACACCAUUGUUCCUGACAAGAACUGGGAUGCUGUCGACCCCAUCAGAAACAUCACUCCGUCCUUCCCACCGACAUUCAUCGUGCAUGGACAGGCGGAUACUAUGGUGCCGCUUGAGCUUAGCCAAGAUUUGAUCAAGGUGCUCAAAGAAAAGGGGGUCAAGUCUGAUCUGAGGGAGAUUCCGGGCGAGGAACAUACGUUUGCCGCCAAGAUGAAGGUGGGAUCCCAGACUUGGAAUCUUCAGAGAGAAGGCUUUGACUUUUUGGAGAGCCUGAUCAAAAAUUGA